UGCAUUCUGCAGGACUUGGCUUUUUAUUUAGGUUUGGUUUCAUUUUCCAACCCUUUUCCAAUAAGUGGUUAUCGCCAGUAAAGACUUGAUAUAAACUAUUUAUGAAACGCUCUCAGAAGGUCUGAAAGGCAGAAAGGAAAUUACAUCAACAGUCAUUAGGUCCGAGCGUGCUGCAGAGAUGGAGAAAUUUAAGACCUGCUGAAUUUUGUUUUUGAGACAGCACGCCACACUGGGAUACAGCUUUCUAGCUUUAGCAACAGCUGGAGGAGAACAACUGUUCUCUGUUGUUGUGUUCAGCUGCCCCUGUAACUCAUGGAAUUUCGUCUACAGCAUAGUUUUUCUUCUUGUCCCAGCCCUGGUGUUAUUCUUACUGGGCUACUUCAUAAGUCACAGAACGUGGAAGCUAUGUACUGGCUGCUGCAUCAAUCACGCAAAGCGAUACUCUAAAAGGAUUCUCUUUCGAGGCAUAAAGAUUUUUGUACAAAUCACCCUGGGAGCUUCAGUAGCCCCAGUAACGUGGAUUUCUGUUGCAUUGCUGAAUGGAAUGAUCUAUGAAUGUGGUAUGUCUGGCCAUUACAAUGAUUACUUCUUUGACAAAAUCUGCAGUAAUGAUUCCAAGAAACUGUCAUCAAAAUCUCAUCAAGUGCCUUGUGGUCAUUCUUCAUUGCCUCAGUCCACCCAAGCGGAUAUUCUCCGUACACUUCGUGCACACUCCCAGGUAAUUGGAUGGAGCCUGAUAGCAGCCAUCAUGGUUUUUGCCUUGGCCUCUACCUGCAUUGUACGCUGCUGCUCUCCUGUCAGCUUCCUCCAAUUGCGGUUUUGGAAAACCUACAAAGAAAAAGAGAAUGAAUUGCUUGAGAAGAAAUCAGCUGAACAUGCUAAAGAAAUGGCAGAGAGAAAUGUGAAGAGCUUCUUCGAAUCUGUAGCACCAAAGGAGUUCAAAACACCAAGCAGAGCAGCAUGGGAGGAGAUUUCUAUGUUGUAUUCUUUCAGUGAAACUGAACAAUACUACAGCACAAUACAUAAAUAUGCAGAAAUGAAGAUUGAAAACACCCAUGCAUCAUCUUCCUUUGUCAAUGUGGACGUACCCGCUGUGCUGGACUUCGUUGAUGGUAGAAAAAAUACUGCUGACUCGCAUAUUUGACCAGGUGCUCAGAUUGAGAGCAUCUGCAGUAAAGUUAAGCUAUGCUUGGGGCCUCAAAUAUCUGUACACCAAAAGUAAGCAGCAAUAUUUGUUUAAAGGUUUCCUCUCAUUAUACAUGCAAUGGUGCUUUUAUCAUGGAUUCUUUUUUAAUAUUUUAUACAUUUGUGCCGAAACUCUUUUAUUGAGAAUAUGCAUUAAGGAAUAGUUUUGCCAUCAGAUCUGGGUUCACUCUGAAUUGAUGCUGGCAGAGGUGAGGAGCAGGAUGCUUCCACCUUGUGGUGAAAGAUUACAGUCAUAGGUUAACUUAUUCAAAAAAUUAUAAAGGGAGAACAUCAUGAAAAAUUGUUUGGCAAACUUUUUGUUACAUAAUUUUUUUUAUCUUCCACUUUUCAAGCUUGUCAUAAACAAAGAUUGAAUGUACUUAUACAACUGUUUAAGUGCUUAAAAAGCAUUGCAUACAAAAGCUCUGCCUUCACUCACAUCUUCAGUGUCCUGGUGAGAACAUUAAUGGGUAAAUUAAGAUAGGCAUUAUUUCCAUAGGCAAGCUGAGAAUGAAUCAAUGAAAGGCCUAUUUGUAACACCAGCAAAUCAAUCUUAUAUGCACAUUAUUGUCCUGAUUGAACUCCAUUAGCCAAGACAUUAGGAACAGACUGGUUUUACCACUAUUGCUAGAUUAGUGGAUAAUCUUAUAUUGGAAUGCAUUAACAGAUUUAUCACACAUAUCCCAAGUUUCCUUGGUUUGAGACUGACAAAAAUAAAGUGGUUGCAAGCCUCUGAUCUAAUUGAUGCAUUACUAAAGAGCAAUUGCUAAGAUAAUGUUCCUGGAUUACAUACUGAAUGAGAUGGAUAGUGUUGAUAUGUUGUAUAUGGCAGGCACAGUAGUAUAGCGGUUAGCAUAACGCUAUUACAGCACCAGUGAACCGGGUUCAAUUCCAGCCACUGUCUGUAAGGAGUUUGUACGUUCUCCCCGUGUCUGCGUGGGUUUCCUCCGGGUGCUCGGUUUCCUCCCACGUUCCAAAGACGUACGGGUUAGGAAGUUGUGGGCAUGCUAUGUUGGCGCUGGAACCCUGGCGACACUUGCGGGGUGCUCCCAGAACAGUCUACGCAAAGAUGCAUUUCACUGGGUGUUUCGAUGUACAUCUGCCUAAUAAAGAUAUCUUAUCUUACCUAGAUUUCCUAAUUCCACAGUGGGAAGCGAUUUCACUUGUGUGGCUGUCAAUUGACGUCAACACAAAUGAAAACUAGGUGGAAUGUAAAUUAAGCUGUUGAUUCACUCUUUGGCCCAUGAGUCAGGAUUCAGUUAAUUCACAAUGUGUAUGAGAUAGCCCCAAUGGGCACAUGCAGUGUUACAUUCAGUCUUGAACCACAUUCCAUCCAGGUUGUUUUCUUAGCGAAUAAAGGCUGAAGGUAAAAUUUCUGUUGUGUUUACAAAUGGCCAAUCCCUUAAUUUUUAGAGACCUGUUGUCAAAGUCACUGGGGAUUGAAAUUAUCCAGUGCACAGGAGAGGUCUUUAUGCUUUAAAAUGAUCACCUCUGCAUUAUAGUUCAACACAUGGCGAUUGACAAAACCCAAACCAGCCACUGCACUACCUAAAUAAAUUUUGCCCUUUGAGAAAAAUGCUUGGAACAGCUGAUUUCUGAAUUGGGGAUCCUUUAUAUUUCAACAUUUUGUUUGCAAUUAACUAUACCAGGUAGGGAGUACAAAAAGACAGUUCAAUAUCUUAGCCUAAGUAUUUAAAAAAGAUGAAACCAAAAAAAAAUUUUAAAAUGACCAAAAUGGACUUAGCACUUUUCACUGGACAAGCUUUUUUUUGCACCUUAUAUUAGUUUUCAAUUAAAUUUGAAACAAUUAAAUUUUAUUUUAUCAUAUAGAUUUACUGAGUGGAAACUGCAAUAAUAUUUUUAUUAAUAUGGUGUUAAAGUAUUACUUUAUAAUUUCAAGUGUAAACAAACUUUUCAAAAUGCUAGCAUAGCUGGUAUCAUUAGUAACUACAGGGGAAAAAACACAGAAAUCUAUAUAUUUAUAAUGCAAAGUAGAUUUUAGUUUUUCAGGUAAAAGGUUUAAGCAGAAGGUAAUGGGUGAGAAUUUCCUCACACCUGCUUUUACUCUGCCCCUCCAACAUCGCUGGAAGCAUAAAGAGAGUUCUCAUCGCACUUCCAGUAAAAUUGUAGCAGCAGCACCAAAACAGCUCUGUGGAAAUUCAUGGUUGUAAUGCUAAUAUAAACCUGAUAUUCUAAUGUUAAUUACAGUGUCAUUGGUUUUCACUCUACUACCCUAAAUGGUAACAGAUUAUUCUAUCAGAAAAAUUUAUAAUGAUGCAGAAUCAUAAAGUCAAAGUUUAUUUAAAAAUCUAAUUAUUUGAUUUAUUAAUGUGUGACAUGUGAAUAAGGAAAUUCAUAUGUUUAUUGAAAUAAGUCAUAUUGCUUGGCUGCAUGUGCAUUUCAAUGUUUAUCAAACUGCUACAUCCUCAUUUAUGGAACUACAAGAAUUAUACAGACAUGUAAAGCCAAAACAUUUAAUUUUACACGAACCUUGAGUUACUUUUGUUGCUUUUUACUGACAAUGUUCACUCUUAUUUAGUGGUUUAAAUAAAUAAAAAAUUAUGUAAAAAUUAUUUGAUCAAUGACUAUUCAUUACAAAUGCCUGUUUUGGGAGCCUAUUUGUGUUCCUUUAGAUGGUAUCAUGAAACAGACAUGAACUGGUGGUUAGGUUUCUAUUUAAUUAUUUGACCAUGUAUUUGAGGAAGGAAUCUAA